AUGGCGCCGCCUAGUAGCGGUGGCAGCGACGAGCCUCGCGGUGGAGCAGCGGGUGGAGCAGGCAGGGGGCAGUGGUGCCGAGCGAGCGGGAAGCGGGGCGCAAGGCCGCCGGCGACAAUGGGGUCGCAGCGGUGGUUCGGUGGAGGCAGGGGUGUUGAGAGGGGAGUGAAGAGAGAGGAGGCGAAGGGAGAAAGGGAGGAGAAAAGAAGGUGGGUUGCGGCGGCAAGGUCGGCGCCGGACGGAGGUGGAAGCGGCGGUUGCAGAGUUCAGGAGGGUGGCAAUGGAGGUUGGAGAGAGGGAGAGGGAACGUUGGGGAAGGAGGGGAGGAAUGAGGGACGCGGCUGCGCUAGGGUUCGCGUCCCUGGGGUUAACAAAACGCAAAACGGCAGCGUUUUGCUGCACAGCUAA